UGAGCAAGAGGAGGAGCGAAACGCGGAAAACCUCUGAAUACGCAACAUCAGCCUGUUUACGGAGCUCCGCCCUGCUCACUUUGUCCCAGUUCAGUGUGACUGAAACCGGAGUUCAGUGAGGAGGUUUUCAGGGCUGUAAUGUAGAGCCAGCAAGUAGUGGAGCUGUCAGUUAGUUCGCUACCAUGAUAUACAGACAUCUUCUCCCGUUGGUGGCUUUGCUACUAAUCGGCUCUGAAGUCAGUCUCAGUGGUAACAUACUGGUUCUUCCCGGUGAAUUCAGCCACUGGUAUAACAUGCGAGUAAUCGUGGAUGAGCUGGUCGCUCGGAAUCACAGUGUGACUGUUCUCAUUCACUCAGCGUCAUAUUCGGUCAACUACACGCGAAAGGAGAACUUCAAAUACACCGUUUUUAAGGUGAACGUGGAAAAGGAAGAUGCAGAGAACAUGUGGCAAAACCAUAUUAACGUUUGGAUUAACGAGGCUGUCCCUGGGAUUCAGACUUUGUUGUUGUUUUGGAACAUAUUGUCUGAAAUUCAAAGCUAUCUGGAAUCAAUAUGUGACGGGAUGCUGCUCAAUCAGGAGCUCAUAGCUUCACUCAGGGAAUCACACUUUGAUGUACUUCUGUAUGAUCCUUUGAUGCCAUGCAGUGAUCUACUGGCAGAGACCCUCGGCCUCCCCCGGGUGAUGUCUAAUAGACUGACUGUGGCAUACACUUUUGAGAGAUUAUGCGGCCAGUUGCCAACACCACCGUCGUAUGUGCCCGCUGUUGCUGCCCAAGGACAUCUCACUGACCACAUGAGCUUCUUAGAGCGGGUAGAGAAUGUGCUGUUGUAUGUUGCUCUCACAGUAGUGUACAAGCUGCAAAUGAUAACGUUUGAUAAGUAUUACACCAAAAUAACAGGCAAACCCACAACGCUGUGUGACACUUUGGGAAAAGCGGACAUUUGGUUAAUCAGAACUUAUUGGGACUUUGAGUAUCCACGACCACUCCUUCCAAAUUUCAAAUUUGUCGGGGGGCUGCACUGCAAGCCCGCAAAGCCACUUCCAAAAGAGAUGGAGGAGUUUGUUCAGAGCUCAGGGGAUGAUGGUAUUGUGGUCUUUUCCCUGGGCUCCAUGGUGAGGAACCUCACCAAACAGAGAGCCAACACCAUCGCUGCAGCACUCGGGCAGAUCCCACAGAAGGUCUUGUGGCGGUAUACAGGAGAGAAACCAGACACUCUUGCUCCAAACACAAGACUCUAUGACUGGAUUCCCCAGAAUGACUUACUAGGACAUCCUAAAACCAAGGCCUUCAUCAGUCAUGGUGGGACUAAUGGACUAUAUGAAGCUAUUUACCAUGGUGUCCCAAUGGUGGGCAUUCCACUGUUUGGUGACCAGCCAGACAAUCUGUUCCACAUGAAGACCAAAGGAGCAGCUGUCAUGCUUGAAUUCAACAAAAUGGAGACCAAAGACCUGAAGGACGCUCUCACCGAAGUUAUUAACAAUCCCUCGUACAAAGAGAACAUGAUGAGGCUUUCCCGAAUCCACCAUGACCAGCCAAUGAAACCGCUGGACCAGGCUGUCUUCUGGAUCGAGUUUGUGAUGCGCAACAAGGGGGCCAAGCACCUGAGGGUGGCGGCCCAUGACCUCACUUGGUACCAGUACCACUGCCUGGAUGUCGCUGCCUUUUUGCUGUCCAUAGUCGCUCUGGUCACAUUCAUCUUUGUGAAAUCGUGUGCUUGGCUCUUCCGUAAAUGUUGCAGAAGGACCUCAGCAAAGAGCAAAAAAGAGUGAAUAACUCAUUUGAAUGAAGAUCACUGUGUUAAUGACUACUGUGAUAUUUUCACAUGGGUUUAAAGUCUGAGUCAAGAUGAAGACCAGAUUAAGAUUUUUUGUAUUUUUAUCAAAAUACAAAAAUAAAAUACUUUUUUUUGCUUGCAGUUUAUAGUUAAUUGUGCGUGUAGAUAAUUGUGUUCAUUAUACUAACUUCUACAUUAUACUAAUACAUGAUACUACAUUUUUAAAUAUAUUCUGUAAAAUUUAACAUUAAAUUAUAUAUUGCCUAAAACAUUAUUAAACAGCCUCAGUUGUUCGCUGUUCCUUUCUUCUCUAAAACCUAUUCAGAAUCACCACCUAAAGUUAAAUGAACAUAAACAAUAUACAUUUUUAUCAUAAAGUGAAAACAUAGUAUUAAUAAUAUUCUACAACUAUGUCUCUUGUAAUAAUGAUUAAUAAUGUUUUAGGCAAUA